AUGGAGCUUAUAGUAGACGUCCUUCACGAGCACGCAACCUCGAGGAACUCCAUCCCAGUCGAUACAGCUUCAACCACAUCAGAUAUUCGAAGACGACAGUGCGUUUCUAUGUUAGAGCGUCGAUUCGAUCUAGCGCAACCGCUUGAACUCGCAAACCGCAUACAGCAUGCGAUCGACGAAGACGGCCUCUCCGAGUACCACCGCAUGGAAAACGAAGAAGCUGAAGAGAUGUCCGACUUGGCCCAGGAUGUGAUCGGUCGAGAGGCUGGAGAAGAGGAUCUGAAGAGCUUGCCGAAGCGCGUUCAGCCGAAGCUUACCAUGAUCACUGGGAGCUUCAAGAGUGCGACCGAUGGACGGGAAGAUGUUCAUAUCAUGAAGCGCAAUGCUAGUGCGACACUUCAACGCCUUCACAAGAAUUUAGACAAGAUGACAGAAGCAAAGGCCAGCCUGGAACAAGAGAUGCGUCAAAAGAUGGGUACAGAAAGCCUGGUGUUGAAGUGGACUCCGAACCUCGCGCACAUUGCUCACGUCAAGGGCAAGGACGCAGCUCGCGCUACUGCCUUUUACCCAAGAAGUUUGAGUAGCAGCAAGUCCACACGCUCGUUUCAGAUCCCGGAGUGGACUUCACUGGGCGCGCAAAUGGACGAGACACGGUUCCGGAUUCGAUCAGAGGAACAACGUGUCCUGGCCGAGCUUCGGGAAGGUGUCGUCCAGAACCUCGUGAAACUUAGACGUAACGCUGCCGUGCUCGAUGAGCUUGAUGUCGCAUGCGCAUUCGCUACACUCGCGAUGGAGAAAGAUCUCAUCAGACCCAUACUGAGUGCGGAGCCAUCGCAUAACAUCGUCGGUGGUCGGCAUCCUGUCGUCGAAGCUGGCCUCAGCGAACAAGGUCGCAGGUUCGCCCCCAACGACUGCCAACUUGGCGACAAUGAGCGCAUAUGGCUCAUCACAGGUCCAAACAUGGCUGGCAAAAGUACAUACCUCCGCCAGAAUGCGCUCAUCUCCAUCUUAGCGCAGACCGGAUCUUUCGUCCCAGCGGAGUAUGCGGAGACCGGCCUAGUCGAUAAGAUCUUCAGUCGCGUCGGCUCAGCAGACAACUUGUACCAAGAUCAAUCCACAUUCAUGGUCGAGAUGCUGGAAACAGCCCAGAUCCUCAAAGAGGCUACGCCUCGCUCGUUCGUCAUCAUGGAUGAGGUUGGGCGGGGAACCACACCUGAGGAUGGUAUCGCAGUAGGGUACGCCUGCCUCCACCACCUCUACCACGUCAACCAAUGUCGGACGCUUUUCGCGACGCACUUCCACGCGCUCGCGGAUAUGACAAAGGUCUUUGCGAAGUUGGGCUGCUACUGCAACGAUGUUCUUGAAGAGCCAGACGGCAAGUUCUCAUACGUGCAUCGGUUGAGGAAGGGUGUCAAUCGCGAGAGCCAUGCGUUGAAGGUCGCGAGAGUUGCUGGUAAGUCGUGCGCUUCGGAAGUGCAGUUUCGGCGAUAG